CACCACUUAAAGAGAAGAUCUAAAACUGGGUUUUCAGCUGAAUUAGCUUCUUGGGUCGCCAAUGUCUACACCUGCUGAAUUUUAUAACUCUCUUCCACCAAUAUGCAAGGCUUAUGGGACAUUGUGCCUUGCAGUCACUACAGCUUGUCAGCUCAGAUUAUUGAAUCCUAAUUAUCUUGGAUUAGACUAUGAGCUAGUCUUUUUACGUCUUCAGGUGUGGAGGCUGUUUACAAAUUUCUUUUUCAUUGGUUUUUUCUCAAUCAAUUUUGGGAUCCGCCUUUUGAUGAUAGUGAGAUAUGGAGUUAACCUAGAGAAGGGACCGUUUGACAGACGUACAGCAGACUUUUUGUGGAUGAUGAUAUUUGGAGCCUUGUCAUUGCUGGUGUUGUCAGCCAUCCCCAUAUUUCAGACAGGCUAUUUGGGGAUAUCCCUUGUUUUUAUGCUUAUCUAUGUCUGGAGUAGAGAAUUUCCGAAUGCCCAAAUUAAUAUAUAUGGCCUCGUGACGCUUAAGGCAUUUUAUCUACCAUGGGCAAUGCUGGCUUUGGAUGUUGUUUUUGGUUCACCUCUGAUGUCAGACCUUCUGGGAAUCAUCGCAGGACAUCUAUAUUACUUUUUGACAGUGUUGCAUCCACUUUCAACUGGAAAGAACUUAUUGAAGACUCCGAAAUGGGUGUAUCCUUACUUUGCUUGGUNCGUUAAGCUGCCUCUUACAUUUGGUUUUGGACCUGGUGGUGUUACUGUCAAGAAGACCAAUAUGGCCUUCGUUAUUGGCAUCUAUGAUGAGCCAAUGACUCCUGGACAGUGCAACAUGAUUGUGGAAAGGCUUGGUGAUUAUCUUGUGGAACAAGGUCUUUAG